GGCUGUGGACAGGACAGCGAACAGCAGGCCUGGCCCUCUGACAUGAACCAGAACAUGGUUGGAGUGGGGACACAGGGCUAACAGGAAAGGACACAGGCCACUGUCAGGACACACAUCCAAAGCUAGGACCCUGCUGACGUGGCAGCCCUCCACCCUGGCCCCUUCUGCCCCCCGCCCCUCUCCCCCGCCUGCCAGCUGCCAACAGGGCUCUGCCCUGUGUCUGCCACACCUGUCACUGCCUGUCCUUGUCCAGGGGGGGCCCCAUCAGCCCCUCCUCAGCUGCCCAGCAGAGCAGGCGGUUAGCGGGGAGGGAGGGAACAUGGAGCGGGGGCCGGCAGUGGGGGCAGGGCUGGGGGCCGGGGCCCGAAUCCGGGCAUUGCUGGGCUGCCUGGUCAAGGUGCUGCUCUGGGUGGCCUCUGCCUUGCUGUACUUUGGAAGUGAACAGGCCGCCCGCCUCCUGGGCAGCCCCUGCUUACGGCGCCUCUACCAUGCCUGGUUGGCAGCAGUGGUCAUCUUUGGGCCCCUUCUGCAGUUCCAUGUCAACCCUCGGACUAUCUUCGCCAGCCAUGGCAACUUCUUCAACAUAAAGUUUGUGAAUUCAGCAUGGGGCUGGACAUGUACCUUCCUGGGGGGCUUCGUGUUGCUGGUGGUGUUCCUGGCUACUCGGCGUGUGGCAGUGACUGCCCGGCACCUGAGCCGGCUGGUGGUGGGGGCAGCGGUGUGGCGGGGGGCCGGCCGGGCCUUCCUGCUCAUCGAGGACCUGACCGGCUCCUGCUUCGAGCCUCUGCCCCAGGGCCUGCUGCUCCACGAGCUUCCAGACCGCCGCAGCUGCCUGGCGGCUGGCCACCAGUGGCGGGGCUACACGGUCUCCUCCCACACCUUCCUGCUCACCUUCUGCUGCCUGCUCAUGGCCGAGGAAGCCGCAGUGUUCGCCAAGUAUCUGGCCCAUGGGCUGCCAGCCGGGGCCCCCCUUCGCCUUGUCUUCCUGCUCAACGUGCUGCUGCUGGGCCUCUGGAACUUCUUGCUGCUCUGUACCGUCAUCUACUUCCACCAGUACACUCACAAGGUGGUGGGUGCCGCGGUUGGCACCUUUGCCUGGUACCUCACCUAUGGCAGCUGGUAUCAUCAGUCCUGGUCUCCAGGGAGCCCGGGCCACGGGCUCUUCCCUCGGCCCCACUCCAGCCGCAAGCAUAACUGAAGGAAAUAAAGGCAAAUCAGGCCUA